GCUCGUCUUUGCGGAAGUGACAGUACGGAAGAAGCGUGGCUGCUUCUUUAUCCCGACGGGUGCUGCGUGCUGAGCGGUUGACACCAUGCAGUCAGAUGAUGUUAUCUGGGAUACAUUAGGAAACAAACAGUUUUGUUCCUUCAAAAUAAGAACAAAGACUCAAGGCUUUUGCAGAAACGAAUAUAGCCUGACUGGACUGUGUAAUCGGUCGUCUUGUCCACUGGCUAAUAGUCAGUAUGCCACCAUCAAAGAGGAGAAAGGGCAGUGCUACUUGUACAUGAAGGUCAUAGAACGAGCGGCUUUUCCUAGGCGUCUCUGGGAACGGGUCCGGCUUAGUAAAAAUUAUGAAAAAGCACUGGAGCAAAUUGAUGAAAAUCUGAUUUACUGGCCUCGCUUCAUUCGACACAAAUGUAAGCAGAGAUUCACCAAGAUAACCCAGUACCUAAUUCGAAUUAGAAAACUUACACUAAAGCGACAGAGGAAACUUGUUCCCUUGAGUAAGAAGGUGGAACGCAGGGAGAAAAGAAGAGAGGAAAAGGCAUUAAUAGCUGCUCAGCUGGACAAUGCCAUUGAGAAGGAGCUGCUGGAGAGACUGAAACAAGACACGUAUGGUGACAUCUACAACUUCCCCAUUCACGCCUUCGACAAGGCUCUGGAACAACAGGAAGCACAGAGUGACUCUUCAGAUGCCGAGGAGGAGGAAGAGGGCGAGGAGGAGGAGGAAGAUGUGGGAAAAAGAGAAUUUGUGGAAGAUGAUGAAGCAGAUGAAAGUGACCUAAGUGAUUUUGAGGAUAUGGAUAAACUGGAGGCCACUGAUGAUGAAGAUCAGGAUGAGAAAUCAUCCAGUGAAGAGGAAGAACAGGCUCUUACUGCAAAGCACAAAGGAAAAACACCCUUGAAAGGAGUUUUGCGCCGAAAACGGGCCUACGUAGAGAUAGAGUAUGAGCAGGAGACAGAGUCCACAGCCAAGGUCAAAACGACGUGAUUGCUUUCUGCGUGUAAUCAGGACUGAGUGUGCUCAAGGUUUCUUUCCUUUUAUCUUAUAAACAACACCUCCCAUUUUUUGCUCUUUUGUAUAUUUCACACAGUAUUUGUGUUGUUAAUAUUUAUGCUACUUCACUGGGGCAACAAAUGUGGCAUGAAUGGAGGAAACUCAAGUGGAGGGUAUUUUUAUAGCCUGUGUGUUGAAUUGACAGCUUGAACCCAAGAAGCUUCACAGAUGAGUUCCUGAAGCUGGAAUGAAAUUGUGAGUGUAAAUAUUUCUAAAUUUUAAGCACUGAAUUCCUUGGUGUCCUUUUCUUUUUCCUCCUACCCUUUAUUUAGAAAUGGCAGGAUUUCACUUUUUUCUUGUUUACCUUUUCCUAUUCCUAUUAGGCUGAAAGGAACAAGAGAAGGAAAAAAGAAAUGCCAACUUAAAAUGUUUAAUAUCAAAAUACCUUUCUCCAUCACUCCAUUUGUACAGUAUGGGACAGAAAGAAGAAACUUUCCUUGGGAAAUAAUCUCAAACUCCAUGGUAGUGUGCACCUUCAGAGUCCUGCUGCACUCGCCUGAUGCAGCUCACCACUGUGCUAUCUGUACAGCUCAGGACAGUUCUGGCCAGGAGAUCCUGAAACAUGGAACCAAACAGGCACAAACUUUUUACAGAAUUGUGUUUCUCCCUUUUACCUUUAUUCUCUGUCUUAGUAUUCGAAGGAUUAAAAGGAUGACACUAGAGGAGAGCUUACAGUCAGAACACAUCAGAAAUCACACCUAGGGACCAGGGAUGUAGCUCAGCUGCACUGCACCUGCUUGGCAAGCAUGAGGUCCUGAGUUCGAUCCCCAGUACCCCUCCCCAAAAAAGCCAUACUAUCCCUAAGUAUUUUUAAGAUAUAAAUUUCUUUUCAUACAUUCAAUCUGUCAGUUAAAAAUCCCUACAUAGAGUAAGAAAUGAGACAACUAGUUCAUUACAUUCAUAUAUAUGUACACAUGGCUCUAAUAAGGUAUGGUCCAGAGAAGUUGACUUUUGUGGAACCAGUGGAGGAAUUCCCUUGUGGACAAAUAGGAAAUGGAAAAACAUCUACCUAAGAGAUGGUUCCUUCCUCAAAAAUGUUUCCAUUUCAGGUAUCUGAAUUACUCUUAAAUCACUACUAUUACUCUGUGGUGACUUAAAGCCCAUUCCCUUUUUCUUUUUUUUAAUUCACAACUUAAAUGUUACAAAAUCUGACCCUAACGCUUUUGCUUGUUUUCUCUUGUUCUGAGUUUUGAGUAACUAAAGAAAGAGUAAGUGGGUCAGAGGAUCAGUCUUAAGUACGACCUUAGCAUGUGCAACGCCCUGGGUUUGAUCUUGUACACCAAAAAAAAAAG